GAUGGGCCGAGUACGGUUGCCGGUGGGGGAUCGUUGCUGGUGCAGUGCUGACGACCUGGCACAGGGACGGCUGCGGGCGCUGGCGCUGGGAGGCUGCGGGCUACUCCUGGGAUCGGCGCUGGCUGCAGGCGACGAGCGGCUGUACGCGGCGGCGGUGAUGCCCGCGCUCCGGGCGCUGCCUCCUGAGGCCGCCCAUGGCCUGGCUUUACGCGCCGCCGCCCUCGGGCUGCUGCCCUCCAGCCGUCCCGACGGCCCCGCACUGGAGGUGCGAGUCCUCGGGCAGCGAUUCCGCAACCCAUUGGGCCUGGCUGCUGGCUUCGACAAGCAGUGUGAGGCUGUGGACGGGCUGUACAAAAUGGGCUUUGGCUUUGUGGAAGUGGGGACUGUCACGCCCAAGCCCCAGGAAGGGAACCCGAAGCCCAGGGUCUUCCGGCUGGCAGAGGACGAGGCGGUCAUCAACAGGUAUGGAUUCAACAGCCACGGCCACGUCGUGGUGGAGCGCAGGCUGCGAGCCCGCCAGGAGACACAGAUCAGGCUUACUGCUGCUGGGAUGCCUCUUGGAGUCAACCUGGGCAAGAACAAGAGCUCUACUGAUGCUGCAGCUGAUUAUGUGGCUGGGGUCCGGACACUGGGCCCUUUGGCUGACUACCUUGUUGUGAACGUGUCCAGCCCGAACACCCCAGGGCUGCGGGACCUGCAGGGCAAGGCUGAACUGCGGGACCUGCUAAGCAAGGUGCUGGUGGAGAGGGACCUGCUGCCCUGCAAGCGUAAGCCAGCCGUGCUGGUGAAGAUUGCCCCUGACCUCACUGCACAGGACAAGCAGGACAUCGCCAGCGUUGUCUGUGAGCUAGGUGUGGAUGGGCUGAUAGUGAGCAACACCACGGUGAGCCGGCCCAGCAGCCUCCGGAGCAGGCAGCGCACGGAGCCCGGGGGCCUCAGCGGGAAGCCCCUGCGGGAGCUCUCCACACAGACCAUCAGGGACAUGUACGCUCUCACUCAAGGCCAGGUGCCCAUUAUUGGUGUGGGUGGGGUGAGCAGUGGGCAGGAUGCCCUGGAGAAGAUCCGUGCCGGAGCCUCGCUUGUGCAGCUGUACACAGCACUUGUGUACCGCGGGCCACCAGUGGUGGGGGCAGUGAAGCGGGAACUGGAGGAGCUGCUGAGGGAGCAGGGCUUCAAGAACGUCAUGGAGGCAGUUGGAGCAGAUCACCGUUGCUGACAGGCUGCAGAAUGAAGGUCUAGCUGGGAUGAGCCAUGGCAGAGAGGCAUGGGUGUGACAAUUCCAGUGCUGGGCAGACUGGGACUGAGAUGAGGUCCUGGUUCCAGCCCCUGGAAGGGGUCUGCUGGGUGAAGCAGGGGCUGCAGUGGUGGGGAGCAGGGACAGGAUGUUCAUGACAGUACUGCUUUUUCAGGGCUGUGUUUUGGCUUCCCUGUGGACAGCAGAACUGAGUGUCAAUAAACAUUUGGCUCACCUGG